CAAGGCUCGUAAUGUAUCUGCUGCUUGACACAGGCCUGUUGUAUUGAUCUGAUCUCAGCCUCUGGCAUCGAUUCGCCGGCCUGUUGUCGGAAAGGCUCCUGCUGUCGCCCGCCUAAUCGCUGGCAGUGGUGUCUUCUUCUUCCACAGCAGCUUGGGUUGCUAACAUUACGUCUCCAGUUUUGUGACUAAAGCGGGAAUACAAUUGAUCAAUGUCCGGGGAGAUGGAAGAAACGAGGACGGCGGAGGAACAGCAGGAAAUGGAGGACAAAGUAAUUAGUCCGGAGAAAGCAGAGGAGGCCAAACUGAAGGCCAGGUAUCCUAACCUUGGAGCCAAGCCAGGAGGCUCAGACCUGCUCAGGAAAAGGCUUCAGAAGGGGCAAAAAUAUUUUGACUCCGGAGACUACAACAUGGCCAAGGCAAAAAUGAAGAAUAAACAGUUGCCAUCAGCCCCAACAGAGAAGACUGAAAUCACUGGGGGGCACAUCCCAACACCUCAGGACCUGCCUCAAAGAAAGACAUCAAUUGUGGCCAGCAAACUGGCUGGUUGACAGUUUUUCACGUGUCGUGUUUUGUUACCAUUCCAGCCCCCACUUCAGAUCUACCUGAUGUUUGUGUUUAUGUUUCACUUUUGUGCUUAUUCUCCAAGGACAUGUUAUGUACUAAGCCAAAUACUUCAAAAAAUGGCAACUGUCGGUGAGUUAUGUACUCAAAUAGCACAUGAAAAUGUAAGUCAAGAUAUUAAGAUAAUGGAAAUGUGACUGUUUUGUGGAAUCGACCUUACCUGAACAUGUUUAGAUUUGAAAGUAAGCUAAAAUGCUAGUGUGUUUUCUUCACUAUAUGUGCCUCCUUACAGUUGCCAUCAUAUGACUAAAGAGCAUGUUCAUCAAUAUGAACAUAAUCUGCUUCUUCCAUGUUAAUCAUAAAUACUUGACUUCAGGCAAAAAAGUCAUUUUUGCUACUGAUUUGUGUGAAGUAGGUUUGAGUGUUCAUGCACUCACUUAUGAGUACAACUGUUAAAAUAGUGAACAAGUGAAGUAGUCCUGCUUAUCCUUCUUAUCCUUGUUUGUGACACUAUUUGAAUCUGUAUUGAAGAUUAGAUCACACAUGUACCUUUGUAGCCAGUUGUGUUUUAAUUCAUUUUAGUGACAUUGUUUUGCCAAGUUUUUCUGCUGGUUUCCAUCUCAUCUUGACCUCUGUAAUGCUCAAGAUGAGGUAAUGAACUGUUGAUCCUCUUGAGCAAUAUUUGCUCCCUCAGUGAGAAUCUUGACUGAAAUGUUUAUCACUGUCUGACUGGAAUCACUUAGGAAGAAACUCCUUUGACAUGUCUGGAGUGUGCAUGUGCAGUCACACUGUGCCAUUUGUUUUGUAAAUAAAAUAGUUUUGCAUAAUACCUUA